UCACUUUGGAAAGCCCUGUCUAUCCACCGUGUAUACGGACAGAAAUAAUCGUCAACGCUGAGAGCGGGGGUAAUAUUUUUGUGUAGGACAGGCUUGAGCCAAUCAGAACAAUUGUGUUGCAUUCUCAGGAAAUUAUCAAGACGUGUGACCGUGCAGUUUUCAAUUAGAAACAAGAAGAGCGGCAGCGGGGUCGCCAUGCCCUACUUGGGCUCGGAGGAGACGGCGAGGGAGCUGAAGAGGGCGCUCUCCAACCCCAACGUGCAGUCGGACCGGCUGCGCUACCGCAACGUCAUCCUCCGCGUCAUCCGGUUCAUGACCCAGGGGCUGGACAUGUCUCCGCUCUACAUGGAGAUGGUGAAGGCCAGUGCCACGGUGGACAUUGUGCAGAAGAAGCUGGUCUAUCUGUACAUGUGCACCUACGCAGGCCUGAAGCCUGACCUGGCCCUGCUGGCCAUCAACACCCUGCGCAAGGACUGCGCCGACCCCAACCCCAUGGUGCGCGGCCUGGCUCUGAGGAACAUGUGCAACCUCAGAAUGCCUGGGAUCACAGAAUACAUCCAGCAGCCGGUGCUGAAUGGCCUGCGGGACAAAGCGUCCUACGUCCGCAGAGUGGCCGUGCUGGGCUGCGCCAAGAUGCAAAACCUGCAGCCCGACGCAGAGAUAGAUGGCGCCGUGGUGAACGAGCUGUACAGCAUGCUGAGAGACCAGGACCCGGUGGUGAUGGUGAACUGUCUCAGGGCCUUGGAGGAGGUGCUGAAGGAGGAAGGGGGCGUGGUCAUAAACAAACCCAUCGCCCACCACCUCCUCAACAGGCUGAAUGACCUGGACAGCUGGGGGCAGAGCGAGGUCCUGACCUUCCUCCUGCGGUACCGCCCGAGGGACGAGGACGAGCUCUUCGACGUCCUCAACCUGCUGGACGGCUUCCUGCAGAGCGGGGACAGCGCCGUCAUGGCCGCCACGCUCCGCCUCUUCCUGCAGCUGGCCGCCGCCCACCCCGCCGUGCAGGCCGACGCCCUGGGGCGGGGCCGGGGCCCGCUGCUGGCCGCCUGCACCGCCCACUCGCGGGAGCUGCGAUUCGCCGGCCUGUGCCACGUCCAGCAGGUCCUGCGCAGCCUCCCCGCCCACUUCGCCGCCCACUACAAGAAGUUCUUCUGCAGCUACUCCGAGCCCAGCUACAUCAAGUUCCGCAAGAUGGAGAUCCUGGUGGAGCUGGUGAAUGACGAGAACGUGCCGCUGGUGCUGGAGGAGCUGCAGGCCUACUGCACCGACGUCUCCCCCGAGCUGGCUCAGGCCGCCAUCUUCGCCGUCGGCCGGAUUGGUCGGACGUACAGCGAGAGGUGCCUGGGCAUCCUCACAGGUCUGCUUGGCCUGAGGCAGGAUCACAUCACUUCAGCUGUGGUGCAGACGUUUCGGGACCUGGUGUGGCUCUGUCCCCAGAGCUCUCCCUCCGUGUGCACGGCAGUGGCGGGCUGUGAGGACUGCAUUCAGGACAGCGAGGGGAAGCAGGCAUUGAUCUGGCUGCUGGGAGCCCACGGGGACCAGAUCUCCAGCGCCCCCUACGUGCUGGAGGAGUACAUCGACGGGCUGAAGACUGAGCUGUCUCCGGCGGUGAGGCAGGAGCUCCUGACCGCCACGGUGCGGCUGUUCCUGGCCCGUCCCGCGGAGACCCAGGACAUGCUGGGAAGGCUGCUGCAUUACUGCAUAGAGGAGGAGAGCGACAUGUGCGUGCGCGACCGCGCCCUGAUGUGCUACCGGCUGCUCCGCUGCGGGGCGGAGGAGGCCCGGCGCGUCCUGGGGGGCCCCACGUCCGACCCCUCCCUGGGCGUGAUCUCGGGGCGCCCCGACGAGCCGCUGGACCGCUGGCUCCCCCACUUCAACACCCUGCAGCCCCUCUCCAGCGCCGCCGCCGCCGCCGCCAGGGGGGGCGCCGAGCCCACGCCCAAAAGCUCCGCGGAGCCCCCACCGACAGGGGCAGGGGCCGGGGAGGUGGUUGCGUCGGACUCUGCGGACGGAGGGGAGGCCUUCUCCCUGACCCUGGAGCCCGUCCUGUCCCCCGAGGCCUUCGAGAGGCACUGGCUGCGGCUGGAGCCUUCGCUCACCCAGGCCCUGCCCUGCCCGGGGCCCGGCUCUCCCCCAGAGAGCCUGCAGGCCGCCCUGCAGCUGGUCCAAAUCCAGGCCCUGGCUUUCAGCAGGCCCGGCGCCGAGCCCUGGAAGGCCUACCUGUGCACCCACGGCCGAGGCUCGCUCCUGCUAGCCGAGCUGGAGCGCGACGCCGCCGCCGCCGACCCCCCCGGGCUCCGGCUGACCGUCAAACAGGAGCCGGGGGACGAGCGGGCCCUGGGCGGGUUUGUGUCGGUCCUGCGGACCGUGCUGCAGACCGUGCUCCAGACCGCCCCUGCCGACCGCUCCUGAUCUCUGCACCUCCUCCUCUUAGACCCGCAGGUUCACCUCCAUCCGGACGCAGGAGCGUCAAACGCGAGGCUGCCCCCCCCCCCCCCGUAGGUCCCUCUCACAGAGUUCAGUGAGGUCCGCCGUAGAAUUUUACUGGAAAUGACUUCAGUCCACACUUAAGGAUGUUUUAAAUCUGCCGUUUGUUCUCAUGUGCUUACUAUCAGCUUGAUAAUUGUGAUGCCCUUGUGUUUUACAUGUGAGCCACAUACAUGCAUUUAUGAUUAAGAAUUUUGAAUCAUUCUUUGUAAGCCUUAAACCAAGCCGUGAUUGAGUGAAACUGAGCACAUACACAAGGGUUGCUCUCUCAGCACCUUAUCCCCCCGUUCAGGGGGAUUAAGCCUGCUGUUGGGACCCACCCCACAGGAUUACAUGGCCAGCCAUGCUCCACCCCUGCAGAUUACAGACUCCUGUCGUUUAACCCUCAGUACUGAUGUAAAUCAUGUAAAUUAACACUGUAUUAUUCCUGUAUUGUCUUGAAAUUGCAUAAUACAUGUAGAUUGUAUAUCUGGUAUUAUUUUAUGGGAAUUUAUCAAACAGGCCAAGAAAGUUUUUUUCUCUGGGCAACAUAUUUUAUUUGCUAAUUGGCUUAAAACUUUCUGUGUCUAAAAAAAAAGGUUGUCAGCCAGUGUAAU